AUGAUUGCGUCCGAAGCGCCGCGCAGUUUCCCGAGGAACCGCCAACAGAGAAGGCGACACGUGGUAGACAAGACGGGAUGUCAGACGGAAAGAGAAAACUCGAACUCCACACGCCUGCGAGCUGAGGGUUCCGAAUCUCGAGGAAACUUUUCAACUUCUCCCAACCACCCUGAGCGAAGAUCUUCACGCGCUGGCCCGAGGUAUUAUUUGAGCCGAACCCAAACUCCGAAUGCAAUCCGCCGAUGCCGAUCAACGCUCAGUUCGACUCGACGGACUACGGGGGGGCAACUGUUAAUGGUGGGUUUGCACCAAACCCUAUCAAAGGCCCACCACAACUAA